CGCAAACAAGGAAUUGCCAGCGGCCUUGCUAGACACUCGUCGUCGGCUACCACCGUUUGAAAAGUUCAAGUCCAAAUAUCAACUAUCAAGCCUGAAAUAUAUUAAUCUGCUCCCCUCUACCCCCGGAGGAACCCGACUGGCACUGAACGAGCGCUGUGGAGGCUAGAAAAGUUUCCUCCCGUCCAAAUGAUUGCAUGCAGACUUCCAUACAUGGCUUGGAUAUUUGAUGGCGCUCACGGGCCCCAUGGAUGAAUCUUCAGCCAGGAAUAUUGUCCGGGGGCUGGUGCUGGUGGUGCUGAUGGUGCUAGCAAGUCCUUCUCUACCUAACCGUCUGUGUCGACAAGAUUCUCGCUUAUUCUCCGAUAUAUCGUGGUCUCGAAUCAUCGAUCCCUACCAAUCUAUUGAUUCUUGCCAGGGAUUCCCGGCAGCGAGACCCAAGAAUCACGACCAAACGAAUCCCGGGGAGGGGGGCUGAAUUGAACCUUAAUGCGGCUCCUGGAUGAGAUCUACCAGAGGACACGGACACAGUGCUGCCUCCUUGAGUAAUGAAG